UCGCAGAUUUAUUAAAACGUUUAUAUUAUAUAACCUUAUUUAGAAUUUUUAUAUCGAACAUAUUUAUUAUCCGCUUUAACUAAUACAGAAGCAAGACACUUAUGCUAUUAUAUACCUCGUUACAAGAAUCUUAUUAAUUUUAUUUUUGAGUAUACACGUCACGUAUACGGUCCUAAGCAUCAGAUGCCGAGUAUAUAACUGUAGUAUACACGAUCAAUGACGACGUUCAGCUGAGAGCAAACGAGCCGCACGUGGUUACACCCGAUUUUAAUUUCUGACUGUGUUCACACACUCGUAUCUGUGGAGAACGUUAAACAUGUACAGAAAUCUACCUAACAUUUUAGUAACGGGUACGCCUGGCACGGGUAAGAGUCUGAUGUCGCGUAUGCUGGCGGAGAAGACUGGACUGCAGUGGCUCGAUGUUAGCGAGCUGGCUAUAAAGAACGGGUGUCUAGACGACUAUGACGAGGUCUACCAGUGUAGCAUAUUGGAUGAAGAUAAGCUAUUAGAUGGAAUGGAAGAUCUGAUGUGCCAAGGAGGGAAAAUUGUAGACUACCACGGCGCCGAGUUCUUCCCUGAAAGAUGGUUCGACAUUGUAUUCGUACUCAGAACGGACAAUACUAUUUUGUAUGACCGUCUCAAGGAAAGGGGCUACUUUGGAAAGAAGCUGGAGGACAAUAUAGACUGUGAAAUUUUUCAAACUAUCCUCGAGGAGGCUAGGUCAUCGUACAGGGAAGAAAUAGUACACGAACUAGUGAGUAAUACAUUAGAUCAGGUGACGGAAAAUGUGAACAAGAUAUGCCAAUGGCUAGAACAAUGGAAAAUGGACAAUCAAGAUACGUGAGAGGACAUGUAUCGACUCUCGCCAAGAAGGUGAAUUGGCAUUUACCCUCUUGUUUUGUAUUUACAUCUUACUUUAGUGAACAUGUUACUCUUAAAUUUUAAUAGUUUAUUUGUUACGAUUAAUUAUAUCCACUGAUCAGUGAAAUAUAUAUAACUGUACAUAUAAGUUCUAGAAUUGGUCCAUUCUAGAUAGAAAUCUGUAUAUACAUUAUAACGUAUGAUGCAGUGUACUUGUAAUAUGCGAAGACCAACAUCUCAUCAACCGUGUGUUAGAAAAUAAUUUUUAUACAAUAAUGAAUAUCCAUUGCACGA